AUGCGUUUCUUCACUUGGACUGCUUCUACGUUUGUGGCUCUGCCGGUUGUUCUCGCUGGCCAGCGCAAAGGACAGUUUCCCGUCGUAGAUGGCGUUAUCGGCGGCGUUCGCAACAACACCGCUCAGUUGAAGGAGGCCACACUCAGCCCACUUGCAACAACCCCGGGGAAGCUAAGAGUCACGGAAAACUCUGGAAUCUGUGAGACAACCAAGGGUGUAUACCAAGCAUCUGGCUACGGCGAUCUUACUUCGUCGAAAAGCAUCUUCUUCUGGUACUUCGACGCCAGAAACAACGCGUCGACAGCACCGCUUUCACUCUGGUUCAAUGGUGGUCCCGGAAGCUCCAGCAUGUAUGGGCUCGUGCAGGAGCUUGGGCCGUGUCGGAUCACGAACAACAGCAAAAGUGUUACCUUGAACGACUUCUCAUGGAACGUGAACUCAAACUUGUUGGUCAUCGACCAGCCUGUCGGGGCUGGCUUUUCUCACGGGACAACAUCGGUUGGAACCUCGCAGGCUGCUGCCGCGGAUGUUUGGAGUUUCCUUCAAAUAUUCCUCGCUGAUUCGCGUUUCUCGCGCCUCACAACAGCUGACGUCGCCAUCUGGACCGAGUCUUAUGGUGGUCACUACGGACCGGCAUUUGCGACAUAUUUCCUCUCUCAGAACUCUGCCAUUGCUGCUGGAACCGUCAGUGGAGUAAAGCUCAACCUCAAGACAUUGGGCAUCGGCAAUGGUCUCACAGACGCUAUCUCCCAAUACCCAGGCUAUAUCUCCUAUGCCACGUCGAACCCAUACGGCGCGCUUGUUUCUACCUCCACCAUCAACCGGGCAUCGAGCGCGUGGUCUUCUAGCAGCGGUUGCAAAGCACAAAUAACCGCGUGUAACAACGGAGGCUCUAACUCGGUUUGCUCAGCCGCGCAAAGCUACUGCAACAACAACAUUCUCAGUCCACUUGUUGGCAAUCACGACAUCUACUACGUUCCCGCCGGAAGCGACGACCCAUACCCGGCCGAUAUAACCUCCUGGCUCGCCUCGGUCCGCAGCGCCAUCGGUGCAGAAGUCAGCUGGGCCGAGAGCAGCGACGCUGUUUACAACAACUUCGCUUCUACCGGCGAUUGGAUGCGGAGCCAGCUUCCAAAUCUCAACACCAUUAUUAACGCCGGUAUUCGAGUGACUCUGUAUAACGGCGAUGCGGACUUCAUCGUGAACUACCAGGGCGUCGAGGACAUGCUGGCUGUCAUGAGCAACCAGAUCUCGACCACUUUCCAAAGUCAAGCCUUCGCGACCUAUACUGUAAACGGGAAAAAGGCGGGGCUAGUCAAGAACGCAGGUAACUUCUCAUAUCUGCGUGUCAGCGGUGCGGGACAUGAGGUGCCUGCGUAUCAGAAUGCUCAAACUGGUUUGAAGACUGGUGAAGCUGCUUUCCAAAUGUUCACGCAGACCAUGGCUGGCGGUCAGCUUAUUUCAACUUGA